AUGGUACCUUCCUGUCUCAGCCUUGUCUCCUUGUCCGACAGCUACCUCUGCCGCUGUCUAGCCACCGUCGGCCUGUCUUCUCAAACAAUAGACAGGCCCGAUGACACCUCCAUGCACUUCUGGGGAUUUGGUCCCUAUGGCAUUUGGCAAUGGCGUCCACAAAUCGUGUUUUUCUCAAGCGAAUUCGACCUCUACGUGCCCGAUCUAUUAUUUUUCGGUGAAUCUUAUGCAAAAUCCUCGGAUAGAUCAGAAGUUUUCCAGGCGGUUUGUGUUACGAAGCUUCUCGAAAAAUUACGGAUUCAAAAGUACUAUGUUAUUGGAACGAGUUAUGGCGGUUUAGUGGCUUACCACAUGGCAGCGAGGCCGAAGAGGGUGGAGAAGGUGGUGAUCGCUAGUUCUUGGGUGAACUUCCGGUGGACGGAUAACGACGAGUUGCUUAAAAGAGCCAAGUUUGAGAAGAUUGAGGAGUUGAUGCUGCUCGCGACGGCCGGGUAG